AUGUCCCGUUCCACUCGCCCCGAUGGCCGCUCUCCUUCACAGCUCCGCCCUGUCCACAUCUCCAUCAACGAGCUCGACCGCGCAGACGGAUCCGGAAGAUUUGCUUUUGGCUCCGACGCUAUCCUUGCCUCCACAUCCGGCCCCAUAGAGGUCCGCCUUCGAGACGAAAACCCCACACAAGCUACCCUCGAGAUUACCCAUCGUCCCCUCUCUGGCACUGGCGCAACCCCGUCCCGUGCCCUUACCACCACCCUUGAGCGUAUCUUUUCUUCGACCAGCGUGCUCGAGCUCGAAAAGUUCCCAAGAAGCUUGGUGCAGAUUGUGGUCCAAGGCCUGACGGCACCGAGCGUUGUCGGGGGCGCUGCCGGAGGAUUUGGGAGUAUCGUGGCUACUGAAGAAGGCAAGGGCAAGGGUGUAUGGCCCAGAGAAGAUAUUGAAGAGGAUUAUAUCCCGGCAAGUGUGUUGGAAGAGAGGAAAGUGUCGCCCUUGAGCGCGAACAGCUAUACGUUUGCCUCUCGGGCGGCUUCCUUGAAUGCGACAACAUUGUCAAUCCUCUCGGCCGGGUCAGUUCCCAUCAAGAGCCUUCCCAUCGGCGUUGCGGUGGCUCUCGGGACCAAGGGAGAAUUCUUGAUGGACCCAGAGGCGGCAGAAGAGAGGAGGGCGAGGGCGAGAUUCGGGUUUGGGUGGGCUUGGGGAAAGGGGAUUGGAGAGCAGGGUGCGGAGCUGGUAUGGGUGGAAAGUGAAGGAGAGUUCUCCCGAGAAGAAUGGCAGCAAGCAUUGCAAGCGUCAAAAGCUGCGUCUAAACAAAUCCUGGAUACAAUCAAGCUAGAGCUGGCAAACAAUUAUAUCUCCAGCGGUGUAUCAUCAUAG